AUGAGCCUGGUGUUGUGGAUCGCAAUCAAAGUUCGCGGCAUCCCGGACCUCCUGGGAUACGUUGACGACAUCUUCAGCUAUGACGAAUCAGAGAACAUGCGUUUGUACCGGCCAUACGGCCGCCGCAUGCCGAGGAAUCAGAAGCGCCUCUUGGAGCUUUGGGACGAGCUCGGCAUUCCUCACGAGGAUCGCAAGCAGGUCCAUGGCCCUAUACUCAAAAUUAUAGGAUACGAAGUCGAUGCGAACAAGAUGAGCAUCGGCAUGGGUCAGGACGAGCGCAAGAUUCUUGUGAUGCAGAUACGGGAGCUUGCUGGUGCUGAACGGGUUCCUCAGACUCAAUCCUAUCCACUCGUCGAGCUCCAGCAGCUAGCCGGUUCCGUCAACUGGGCAUUCAACGUUUUCCCCCUCCUUCGUCCGGGCUUGACCCACCUCCAUCAGUCAAUGAAGGGCAAAACCGAUCCCCGCGAACUGGUAUCGCUGAGCGACGCGGUCUUACGCGAUCUUAUCUGGGUCGCAGACCACAUGGAGCGAUCGCGAGCGAUCAAGCUCUUUAAGGCGGUGGAAUGG